UCGACGAUGGGGGCCAGCGCGGUGCCGGUGAUCCCAGCCCCUCUCACGGGCCUUGCCUUCCUGAAGGCGUCCCACCUUCAGCUGGGGGAUGAGCGCUGGGCGUCGGGGAGCGCCCAUCAGCCUUUUUCUCACACCCAGUUCCCCCCUUUCUGGGGGGUUUACAGGCCGGCACCGGCCCCGCCACCCCGCAGCGGGCAGGUGCUGAGCCCGGCUGGGGGUGGCGGCGGGGAAACCUGCUCGGAAACUCGCGUGGCAUUUCCAGAGAGGCCCCUGCAGCCAGUGGCCCCGACUGUUCCCCCACACUCUCGUGUCCGCAUGCAUGCAGACCCCCGCAUCCACGUCUUCACCUCAGCAACGAGGGAUAGUUUUCCCUGUCCCCAUACCCCCCUUCAGCGACCCCCCCUGCCCAUCGCCAAGAAAUGGAAGGAUAAUAUUCCUUGUGGAGACAGGGAGAAAAUAAGGCUACCUCCAUCCGUCUACGCUGUCUCAUACCCAGCACGUGAGAUCCAGCCCGCUGCCAGGCCAUGGUACUCGCACAGGGGAUGUGUUCCCACUAUUAGAGGGGAUGGACAGUCCUACUACAACACUUCUUACCAAGCGCAGUUUAAGGGUGAAUGGAGUCCACCUGCAAAGCCAAGUGAAAAGCACAUGCCUCCUAUUAAAUUUGGGGAUCCCGGAAGCAGUGGAUCUAUGAGUGAGCAGAAACAUGCCUACAGUGCCCCAGACAAGAGGACACACACAGCGUACGACAAGGAAUGUGCUGCCUCCCAGAUCCACCACACCAACCUGCGCCUGGGGGAUGGUUGCACCAGAUUCUCCACCUCAACGUCAGAGCUCUUCCCAGCACACAAUCUAGAGCCUGUAACUAUUGUUCGUCGAAACAAAUAUGCCUCAUUCAUCCCCAGAGGUGAUGAAGACCCUGAGAGAAAUCAAGUGUUGGCAAGAACUACUACUACACAGCUCUCCUACCCAGAGACUGACAGGUGGAACUUUGCACCAAAGCCUGACUUACUACUGCAGAAGCAUCAAAGCAACAUCUGCUUGAGAGAUGAGCAUUCAGGCUCCCAAUUCUUCAGCACAACGCAGCAGUCAGACUAUCAGCCACCCUGCCAGAGCCAGAGAGCGAUGGCAGACAGCAAGAGCCACCGCGAGAGCCACAUCCCCUUCAACUACCACAAUGAAAGUUCUGUCACAACCACGCAGGCGAUGCUGGUCCCACACAGACAGCGGAAACGACGACUCUCCGAAGACAUGCUACAGCAGAUCAAAUGCUCACACCUGGAGCUAUCCUGGAAGGCACAGGACCUCUUCAGGACUGAGCAGAAAGAUGAGUUCACGCCCAAGUCCAGAGGCCCAGCAGAAAUCCAAAAUGCAAACUCCCAAGUGAGCUGCGUCCCCAUGGGGACCCUGAAAAGAUACUGUCCCCAGAGGAAGAUUUUGAUACAACUUCAGAGACAGAAAGUAAAACUGGCUUUUGGGGCGAGGGUCUUUGCUUUCUAAACUCCUCUCCACCCCCCCAGGAAUGCCUGAACCCAGAAGGCCAAACAGCCUUUCUCUGAUUCCCCCAGGUACAUGAAAUCUGCCAGCACGGUUGGUGGUGCAUGACACCCCUCCCUGCUGACGGAGCCACCAGCACCUACCAGUUGCACGUCAACAGUGUCUGUGACUCAGAGAUAAGAUGAAGUUACAUUAUUUCUCAAUCGGUUUAAAAACACAUCACUCGUCUCCACAGCCCCAUCCUUGGUAUGGCAUCAGCCUCAUGCACAUGAGGUCAAUGCUAAAGUGUCACUGCAAAACAGGGUCUCGGUCCAGCCCUGGGGAAGAUUAGACCUGUAGGGUUGGGCCAUUAGGGGCAGGGAUAAAUUAGGGGGUCUCGGUGUAGCCUUUGCUCUUUCCUUCCUUCCUCAGAGGGUUGCACAGCUGCCCAUCGCACUUGCCUCAGCCCAAGCAGGGACCAACCUCCUAGAGCUGCUGGAUAAGCAGGACCAGCAGCGAUGCAGCUCCCGGGACGCCUGCGGAGCUUGGCAGUGGAACUGGAGGACGGGCGAGUGUGGGGCGCCUACAGCAGUGGGGAGCUGCUGCAUGGCCGGGUGCAGCUGGAGCUAUGCGGCGUGCUGCGGCUACGGGCACUGGAGGUGUGUGCUCGUGGACGCGCUGCCGUGCACUGGCUGGAGAGCCGCAGCGUGGGGCUCAACGUCGUCUACUAUGACUACACAGCCUACCAGACCUUCCUGUACCGCCGCUGCCAGCUCAUCCCCGGUAAGGCUGGGGCAUGGGGGUGGUUUUCUGCUCAAGGGCGUUGGGUUGGGACUCCCUUGGGCUGCAGACAUCCUCUCCAGGAGGACCUCUGCCCUGGUGGGUGCUUACCAACCCAAGCAGGGCUGUCCCUCUUGGGCACCUUCUCACCUUUGCCAAGGGUUUUCUCUGCUGCUGGUUUCUAGGAGGCUGCCUGCAAACUCGGGGGCUGGUGAGCAUGAAAGGGUUGUGGCUUUUGUUCUGUUUGUACAGGGAAUUGCAAAUAGAAGUGUCUGUUCAUGAGUGUGGAAAGAGCACUUAGUAUUUCGGUAAAUAUUUGUUUUCAGUUUCCUGAUGCUGGGACCGCAUGCCCAGCUGGCACGUUGCUUAGAUCUACUGCAAGAGGACAAGCCGCUUGAAUUCUUUGUGUGGUUGGGCUGAGGGAUACAGGACAUCUCAGCUGUCCAUCCGCUCAUUAACUCUGUCUUUUCUUAUGAAAGUGCAUGUCUUUUAUCCUCCCCUCCAAUGAUAGUGUUACAGUCAUGGCUCUGUGGCUUUUUCUCCCCCUUUCCCUGGUUCCGAUGGCCUUGUUGUCACCUGUGACACAGUGCUAUGUGCCACCCAGCCCCGGAGAUGGCCAUAGGACUUCACUCACACUGAGGGCAUUUAAUUGCGUCAGUGACCAAGUGCAACCCAGAAAGUCGUGUCAGCCCUUGCUGGCAAACGUAGAGGUUGCAGGAGGAAACUGGAGUGAUGGACUGAGGAUGUGAAGAGCUGCCUUCCUGGAGGUGUUCUUGUCUCUGGAGUGCACUGGUGGGUCAUAUUAUCUAUUUCUGGAUGACUGUACCUUGCCAUCUGCUCCAAACACCUGCAUUACUCUGGAGUUUCUGUCUUUUGGCGGUGGCUCUUCCAUGCUGUGCCAAAGGAUGGCCCCUUUGCAGCUGCAACUGUGCUAAGUGUCCCAAUUACAAUUAAGGACCUGGGAGAAGCCCUUGCCCUGAACUGCAGCAGAAAAGGUCCUGAGCAUUUGGUGACCCUAUUAGCUGUAGGGUUAUAGGGUGAGUUUUAUUCCCCAUUAUCCCUGCAGUGAAUAUCUGUAGGGAAGCCACAAGCUGCUGCAAGCGUGUUUGGAUUUUGCUGUUGGGAUUGUGUAUGAUAGAAGCCCCUGGAGCUGUCUAGAUACGGGCGCUCGGCCAGGGACUGGAGGAGUCGUGUGAGCUGCUCAGCCUCGCCAGCACCCUGCACUCCCGUAGCUUGGAGCUGAUGGUUUCUGGCCCUCACCUACCGCAUGGGGAGAGUUGAACUGGGCUCCCUGGGGAGCAGAGAGUCUCGCCAGAACUUGUGGGCUGGGAUUUUAUUGUCUCUGUCCAUAUGCGGAUGCCUUUUCUGCUUUGCGAGAGGGACGUGGGCAUGUGAUCACAGGAGUGUUUUAAGGGAGCGAAGGCCGUGGGCUGCAGAGAAGUUCUGUUCUGCAGCCAAAAUCACUUCCUUUGCAUCCUGCUGGGUCCUGCUCUGUCCCACUGUCCCCAACAGCAGCGCGAGGACCUUCCUGAUGUCAGCUAGCAAGAGGCUGCUGAAAACGUGCCAUCAUCCAAAAGAUCCUGUGACUGCUCCCUUCUUGUUGCUUCUCGGUGAGAUCAACUGUGUCUGUGUGGUGUUUUAAAAAUGCAGGUUUUGUCAUGGUAACACGGCAGUGCAGAGGAGGGAAGCUAGGCAGAGAUAAAAGCCCUCCCUUCUGCUCUCCCCUGAGCCGUGAGUUUAUCUGCAGUUUCCUGGCAGGGUGGUGAGUACUGGCACCGGGGUGCUGCGCUGUGAGACAAGAAAAAGGGUGAAAAAGGGAUGUUCAGACUGCGUGGCAGGACCAUUAAAUGUAUAUUGUGUAAUCAACUCAGGGAGCAGGAAGAGAGGAAAAGAUAGGGGUUUAAUGGGCAAAGGCAAGGCAAGGGAGGCCCUGGACUCUUCCACAUGAGGUGAUGUGAGAGAGCCCUAGGAAAUGUAAAUGCUUUUUGUGCAGUGAUCUUUUCUGUCCAAGGAUCCCACAGCACUUCCCAGAGGUGUAGAUCCUGUGAGAACCAAACAUCUAGAAGCCAUUUUAUUUUCAUGGAGAUAUCCAGGAGAGUUACGGCACGUGGGCUAAGAGCACAUCAGGGCUCCUGUUCUGUCGUGGGGUGGCCCUCGAUCAGCACCUUAAUCCUCGUACGUACACAACACUCGCAAAUCUGGCACGGAUGGAGUUUAUUCCUUAAGCCGGGAGCAUGCGCUUGUGCAAGGCUCCGUGUUGCCCCAUCUUGUCCCCAUAUUGGGUCAGGUAGAGCUGCUGACUCGCCUUUUUACCUGCUGCAUCCCCCUCUCUCUGGCUUUCCAGGGACCCUUGUGUGGCUCCAGGGUCAGUGAGGAGAAGCCACCAGGUCCCAGCAGCAAGUCAGAGAAGGAGAAAUCCCUUCUGAGCUGGACAGGGUGUCAGUUCCUGUUGGGACUGGUUUAAGCCCAGCCAGACUCUAGGUGGGGCUGAAGAGUUAGAGAUCUUUCCUGCACCAAGGCUGGCCUGGGUUUUAGUGGGGUUUGGGCACCCAGGAGCAUUGUUGAACGGAAAGGCUUUGAUUGUGGUCCCACAGCCCCUGCACCUGAAGAUCCAGGGAGAGAGGAGAGACUGUCUCCUGGCGCUGGGGUCCCAAAGAGGUCAGAGAGGGGCUUCCUGCCCUGCGUGGAGGCAACGAGGGGUAGCUGUGGACAUCUUGUGCAGCUGACACAGUAGGGAGGUUUGCAGAGAUUCUCAUCCCGUGGGCGAAGGCUGAGUCACGGGCUGAGGGGUGUGUGCUGACAGGCAGGAGGAGGAAGAUGCCAAGUGCAGGAUGGAGCUGCCUUGGCCCAGCUGAGGCUCCAGCCCCCCUCAAGAGCCCCACCACCUCUAAUGUCACCGUGCGUUGCAGCAAGGACACCAGGCACCUUCCCAGAGCUGGCAUCACCCGUUAACUCACGCUGUGACGUGCCUGCCUUCCUUCUUUCCCUCUCCCUUUUUUGCUAUGAUUCAUGUUUGCUUGUGGCAGCAAACGGUUGCGCACAGAAAAUAAAACGUGGUCCCCUUCCCUUGGGGAGGGAGACAGACAAUUCCAAUUAGGCUUUGGAGACAGCUAAAGCUCAUUUUCGGUGGCUGAGAUCAACCCAGUUCAGCACAGCAGGUCCUGCCUAGCAUGGCUGGGAGCAAUUCGAAAAUCCUUAAAACUUUGGCAGCCAAAUGCCGAGUAACAUUUUUUAUGCCUGUUUUUUCUUAUCCCCAGCCCGUGCCCAGGGUGGAGAGCUCUGGUGCUCUGCAAAUGUGACACUCAUGAUUAAAAGGAAAGUUUCUAAAGCUGC